AUGCCUGUAUCACAGUUUUCAAUCCUAGACAGAUGUGUCCGACGACCUGCUUCUGUUUCUGGAGAUCAGCUCUCUCAUAACGAACAAUCGCGUUUCUCAACAAACCCUACUGUUGCUCUUGGCACCCAUGGUCUUACAAAGCCGAAUUACAGCUAUACGCACCUUAUAUUUAUGGCAAUUGAGUCUACUCCACAAAAAUGCAUGACUGUCAAUCAAAUUUACAACUGGUGUGAAUCAAAUUUCCCAUUCUAUAAACAUGCUGGUGUUGGAUGGAAAAAUUCUCUUAGACAUAAUCUUUCGAUCAAUAAGUCUUUCAAGCGCCUACCUCGUGAUAGCCGUGGCCCCGGUCGAGGUGCUUUCUGGACAGUUGAACCUCGUGAACGCGCAUCUUUGCUAGACGCUAUUAAAAGAAAUCCGUGGAACUUCGCCAAUGUGACUGCUGUGGGAUGUCACUUAUCUGAUGGUUCUAACAACGUUACUUCCGCAUCUUCAUAUCCAGUUAGACGUUUUGGUCUUGCACAUAGCGCUCCUAGUCACCUUUUACGAGCCGAGGGAUUGGGAAAAGAUAAACUUGAGUCAACCCCACACAUCCGUUUAUUGUAUACUAGCGAUGGUCAAGUCUUGGCAACUUAUGAUGCUUCAUUUGUGGAUCCGUCAAAAUUUGAAUAUGAUAUGACUGCCAGUAAGGAGAGUGCUGCAACCUUGUCUUCUGAUGUUCCUUUAUCCGAUCACCGAUAUUGGACUUCACCAUCUGGAGACACUGCCAGCACUGAUGGUGCGACGGCUGAGGUUGAAUGGCCAGCCGAAGAAGAGGAGAAGUAUUUGGAUACUUUACGCUUAUUAAACGAAGGAGAAGAAACAGUUGCUAAGUCACAAUCAACUAUAACAGAACCCCCAGAUGAGAGUUCAGUGAGUAAAACGAAGUCCGAAGCUUUGGAAAGCUUUAUCGGUACUCAUAUUUUGGAUGAUGCGAAACUGGUCACUAAACAAAAAAGAAAAUCACGCUUGUUACCAACCCGUAUAAGCAAGUGUAAUGAGUGUAAGGAAAAUACAUCUGGUUGUGAAUCCUGCCUGGCUAAGCGUUAUGAAGUCCUUAAUAGCAAUUACGUUCGUUCGGCGCUCAAAGAAUAUGAUCUUGAUAUUGGUAACAUGCUGGACUGUGAUCAGGAACCGGGGCCCGCUGGUGGACCACUCGUUAAGACAACGGCUACUAGGAUUUCUAAGUCAGCUUCACCAGUUGCCGAGGAAAAUGAAAGUGAUAUAGAUUCAUGUGACAAAAAAUCAGCCAACCCUGAAACAUUAAUUUAUUCGUCAGAUGAAGUUUACGUCACACCACCCCCGUACAUUGACCAUGAAUAUUCUCAUUGCCAAGCCCAACUGCGCCGACCUGAAGAAAAUCAGCUUGUAAAUAAAUUUAACGACAACUACUAUACAGGUAGACUGUCAGAAUUAAUGAACCUCUAUCCGCUUCUCAAAGCUUUUGUGGAUUCCAUAGUUCUAGAAACAGAUGCUAAUUAUGAAACAGAUGAAUUUGAUGACGGCUUCAGUUCAUCAGGAAAUGAUAUAUACAGUGAAGAGGAUUUUGAUGGGGGAAACCAUGAAUUAAAGGACUCGGGUAGUCAGGAUCUUUGUGAUUGCGAAUAUACUUUUUGCAAAAGGAGCUCUCGUCGCCAGCAUCUGGUUUCACCGUGCUUCGAAGCUCGUAAGACACGUCCGUUUAGAAUUUCAUCUCGUAGUGUUAAGCAGCGUAAGGGAACGAGAUCAAUGAAAUUAUCUUCAUUAAACAGUUGUCCCACUCGAAGAUCCAAACGAGUUAUAAAGGCUCCUCGCCGUCCAUAUGAUGACUUUGAGAAGUCUCAAUACUAUAAUUAUGAAUUAGAUGAUGAGUCAAGAAUAUUGAUUUUUGAUGAAAAGGAAGGAAAUUUUAGUUCCAGUGCUCGAUCUAGUAUAAUGGAACGUUACAGUCGCCAUUCGCCUAAUAGUCAGUCAGAUAUUGAUCCAGAAAGUGCUGAGAAAUCUGUGGAUAUUGAGAAUGGUCGAUAUCGGUAUCAUAAUCAUCACCGACCAUUAAAACGCUCUCGUCAACCUAUUUCAAGUACACAAACACACUUAGAUAACAUCGUUGAUCGUUCGCCUCCUAAUUUGGAGGACUAUGAUUUUAGUUCUGAUCAAGAAGAAAGUUAUUUAUGUGCCGCUUCCACAUUACAAGUAAGGAGGAACAGGAUGACCUUAAGCUCAUCGCAUCAACUUAACAAACGAUCUCAAACAAAAAAACAGGAGACACAUCUUGAUGUCGCUGGUGGUUGGGCUUCUAUGAAGUGGUCCGUUGGGCGGGAAAUAGAUGAACCUUCAUUUAAUGGUGUUAAGUUAGGGAGAAGUCACAACGGUUUUCCUGAUGAUGAACGUGAUAAAAUUCAAACCUAUAAACAGACAGCAGAGGAGCCUGUUUUAAAACGCAAUAAACAGACGGCUGUUGAUGCAGCACGAUUACUGCUGGGAAUCAGUCAAAUCCAAAAUCUCAGACAGAAAUCUGAGUGUUUGAAUCUGGACACCAGUGUGGCUAGUUCAACAUUAGAUUUCAAAAGAACAUCCAUUUCCGGUACAGUUCAUGCCACUUCUGAAUCUAUGAUAUUACAAGAAGUGCCGGCCACUCUGAUCUAA